AUGGCUGACUCUGAGCCCAUGAGCGGAAACCAGUCACUCUGCACAAAAUUCAUAUUUGUGGCUUUUUCUUCUCUAGGACAGCUCCAACUUGUCCUCUUCUUUGUGUUUUUGAUCAUCUACUUAUUUACCGUGGGAGGAAACCUUAUCAUCAUCUGUCUGAUCUGGGCCACCCCCUCCCUGCACACUCCCAUGUAUUUCUUCCUGGUGAACCUCUCCUUUUUGGAGAUGUGCUACAUUACCAGUGUGGUGCCUCAGAUGCUGGUGCACCUGCUGGUGGAGCCCAAGACCAUAAGUGUGGGAGGCUGUGCUGCCCAGAUGUACAUAUUCACCAUCUUGGGGCUGACAGAAUGUUGCCUGCUGGCAGCCAUGGCUUAUGACCGCUUUGUAGCUAUUUGUUACCCACUGCAUUACACUCUGCUGAUGGGCCCUUCUGUCUGCUUGAAAUUGGCUGCAGCAUCAUGGGUGACUGGAGUAGUGGUGGAAUCAGCUCAGACCACCUGGAUCUUCACUCUGCCCUUCUGUGGAAGUGGAAAAAUUCAGCACUUUUUUUGUGACAUCAUGCCUGUGGUGAAAAUGGCCUGUGUGGACACCUCCCGCAAUGAAAUUGUAAUUUUUCUUAUUUCUUUGAUCUUUAUUAUGAGUCCUUGUCUCCUAAUUCUGUGCUCCUACAUGCGCAUUCUUGUGACCAUCUUGACAAUGCCCUCAGCAGCUGGCAGACGUAAAGCUUUCUCCACCUGCUCCUCUCACAUUCUGGUUGUUUCUCUGUUCUACGGCACUGCCUUGUUCACUUACCUCCAGCCCAAAGGUGCACACACUCCAGACACGGACAAGGCCACUGCUCUCAUGUAUACUGUGGUCACUCCUGCUCUGAACCCUGUCAUCUACACUUUGAGGAACAAGGAGGUGAAGGAAGCCUUUCAGAUGGCAACACACAUGAACCCUCUUAGGUAA